AAUGUCGAGCAACAGAUAACCAUAGAUGAUUGUGUUCAUAGAAAGGGGGUGGGAACUGGUUAAUGUUUAAAGAUUUCACUCAGCUGAUGUUCAAAAAACUAUAAAUUGAUUAAGCUUAAACCAAACAGUUACCCGUCAACAGGACUUGGAGGGUGAACAAAAUGUGGGGAAAGAUAUACUGCGGUGUGAUUGGUGCUUUGCUUGUGGCAAUUGCCUGGUCUGCACCACAUGAUGGCCAUGACCACGGUGGCCAUGAGGCUGACCACCAUCACCAUGUUCACCAUGGGAAAGAUGAACCCCAUCCCAAGCAUGAUGGCAAUGACGCCUGCCACCUGCUUGCUCCAGCCAAUGCUGAUUUCGCCUUCGCUCUCUACAAGAAACUUGCCCUCAAACCCGAAACCCAGGGCAAGAACAUCUUCUUCUCGCCGGUUAGUAUUGCCAUGGCUUUAAGCAUGCUGGCUGUAGGGGCCAAGGGUGAGACUCAUUCAGAGAUUUUCAGCAGUCUAGGAUACAGCAAUCUUCAGGCUCAACAGGUCAAUGAGGGUUAUGAGCACAUGCUCCACAUGUUUGGCCACAACAAGGAUGCUAUGCAGCUGGAGGCUGGUUCUGGUGUAGCCAUAAGAGAAGGUUUCAAAGUGACUGACAAGUUCCUUAAGGAUAUUCAUCACUACUUUGACAGUGAAGCCUUUAAAGUUGACUUCUCCAAGCCUGAAACUGCAGCGCAGGAGAUUAACAAAUUCAUUGCCAAGAAAACCCACGACAAGAUAACUGAUAUGGUUAAGGACCUGGACCCCAGUUUGGUGAUGAUGCUGAUUAAUUACAUGUACUUCAGAGGAAAGUGGGACAAGCCAUUCGAUGUAAAACAAACCCACAAAGCUGAUUUUCAUGUGGACAAGGACACCACGGUAGAAGUUGACAUGAUGAAAAGAACGGGACGCUAUGACAUCUAUCAGGACCAUGACAACCACACUACAGUCUUGAUGGUACCCUACAAAGGCAAUACUUCUAUGAUGAUCGUUCUCCCAGAUGAAGGCAAAAUGAAGGAGGUGGAGGACAUCAUCUGCAGACACCAUAUUCAGAAGUGGCACGAUAAACUCUUCAGAAGCUCUGUGGACCUGUUCAUGCCCAAGUUCUCCAUCUCUGCAUCGAUCAAGCUGAAACCGAUUCUGCAAGAAAUGGGAAUAAACAAUGCAUUCAGUGACAACGCAGAUUUCUCUGGAAUUACAGAGGAGGCCAAAGUCAAGGCAUCACAGGUUCUCCACAAAGCAGUUCUUAGCGUUGAUGAGAAGGGCACCGAGGCAGCAGCUGCAACUACAAUAGAGAUAAUGCCAAUGUCCCUGCCAGACUCUAUUGUCCUUAACCGACCUUUCAUGCUUAUGAUUGUAGACGACAACACCAAGAGUGUCCUCUUCAUGGGCAAGAUCUCCAAUCCAAAAGAAUAAAUUCCUAGUCCAAACAGAACUUUCCACCCUUUCUGUAAGGCUGCUAAUCUUGGACGCUACAGAGAUCUUGAACUGUCAUAAAUGUGCAGCGUUGAAAAUCAACACAUAAUGUUAUGUGUUUUACACAUAAGGAAAUUAACAAAAUUAAAAUGUUCUCCACUAACAU